UGAAAUACUUUCCAGCGGUGAUUAUUACCCUUCUAUUAUCUCCAGUUCAGCAGAAAUGGCCUCGCGUCUCGCGUCACGAACAGCAGCCCACGUCGCCCGCCUCGCCUCCCGCGCCCCGCGACGCGGCAUGGCCGUCGCCCCCGGCUCCAAGACCGCCGCAAAGUCCAGCGACGUGCCCUGGAUCGUCGGGUCCACCGUCGUCUUCGGCGGCGCCGCCGCGUACCUCCUCGCGCCCAAGGGCACGGACCACGCGAAGCACCACGGCGAAGCGCAGGUCGCGCACCACGAGGCGCCCAAGACGAUCCCCGGCUUCACGGACAAGAGCCCCAGCACGCCGACGCCGACGACGGACGACGAGGGGACCGAGGUGCCCGAGCAGGAGGUCAAGGACAGCAUGGACAAGGCCUACGCCUCGAACUCGCCGAACGACGCCGGGCGCGCCGAGUCCGCCCAGGCCAAGGGCGAAGACCCCACCUCCGCCCCGUCGAGCUCCGCCGAGGCCGCCGAGCGCGCGCCGAGCGACCAGCCGGGCAAGGACCCCGCCGAGGCCGAGGGCGACGUGCCCGUCAGCGACAAGGGCCUCGGCGAGAAGCAGAAGCGCAGCGGCACGUUCCAGAGCCCCGAGGAGGAGGGCGCGACGAAGAUGGGCAAGGCGCGCGCGGGCGCCGCGGAACACGUCGCACCGAGGGAGGUGGCGAAGGAGUAGGCGCGGGGAGGAGCAGGAGGAGGAAGGGGGCGCUGGGGGAAAAGGAGUUGAAUAUAAUUUCUACAUCCACAAUAAAUUUAAAUCAGCUCGUCCCAUGCCUA